GUGGGGCACUGGGACCAACUGGGGGCAACUGGGAGCAACUGGGGGCAACUGGGAGCAACUGGGACCCAUUGGAACCAAUGGGGUCUGGCACUGGGACCAGUAGGGUGACACCGAGGUGACAUUGGAUGGGGGGCACUGGGACCCACUGGGAUCAACUGGGACCAACUGGGAGGCACUGGGACCCAUUGGGGUGACCUGGAGGUGGGGCACUGGGACCAACUGGGGGCAACUGGGAUCAACUGGGACUAACUGGGACCCAUUGGAACCAAUGGAGCGUGGCACUGGGACCGGUAGGGUGAUACCGGGGUGACACCAGCUUGAGGGGCACUUGGGGGGCACUGGGACCCACUGGGACCCAUUGGGGUGACCUGGAACUGGGGCACUGGGAUCAACUGAGGGCAACUGGGAUCAACUGGGGGCAACUGGGAGCAACUGGGACCCAUUGGAACCAAUGGAGCGUGGCACUGGGAUCGGUAGGGUGAUACCGGGGUGACACCGGCUUGAGGGGCACUUGGGGGGCACUGGGACCCACUGGGACCCAUUGGGGUGACCUGGAGGUGGGGCACUGGGACCAACUGGGGGCAACUGGGAUCAACUGGGACCCAUUGAAACCAAUGGAGCGUGGCACUGGGACCAGUAGGGUCGCACGGGAUCGCUGACUCACUCGUGGGGCACCGGGACCCCCACUGUGACCCCCCCCCUCCCCCUUCUUCCCCCCAUCUUUGUCACCAGUGCGGGAGCUGCUGCUGUGGCGGUGGCCGUGCCGCUCGGCGCUGGCCUUACUGGGAACACUGGGAGCACUGGGGCUGGUGGCCCGGUACAGCGUGGUGGCGGUGGGAGCCUACGGAGCCUUGGCCGUGCUGGGCGUCACCGUUCCCAUGAAGCUCCACCAGGUGGCGCUGCGGGCGCUGGGACGGGGGAAGCCCGAGAGCGAGGUGUCAUCAGCGCCUUCACCUUCCCCGUGCUCUACCGGCACCGCCAGG